UUUUUACUGUGUUUUGUUGUUUUUUUGGAGGGUGUACACUGAUUAUGUCUUUGGAGCGAAGUGCCCCCCCUCGGCUUGGGUGGGUGCCUGCACCUGCAUCGACCGCCUCGCUGCGACGACUCUAAAAACCGAAUUAUCGAAUCGCAGGUCGCUGUCGCGCAAGUUCUCGAGCAAGGACGUGAGCCUGGGCAGCCCGACGGUGAAGAAGCAGGUCGCGUUCCCGAGCCGCGGCUACCGCCCGGGCCCGGACGACCCCAGCUUCCAGAGCGUGCAGGUGGUGCCGCCCGGCGAGCAGCGCACGCACGGCGCCGGCGCCGCGGGCCAGGACGCGCCGCUGAAGCCCGCCGCCCUGCGCCGCCUGGUCCUCGACGCCAAGGGCCCGCUGUCCAAGUCGCUCUCCAUGCCGGACAUGGACAACCGGAGCAAGAAGAGGGACCGCCUGCUCGCGCUGCGUGACUUCGCGCGCUCCGAGUCCGAGAGGUCCUUCGACGAGUGCCAGAUGCGGCGGGCGCGCCUGCAGUCGCUGGGGCUGGCGUACCUCUCGCCGCAGAACAAGUCGCUGGCGCAGAGCUUCCGCUACAUGCGCACCAAGCCCACCAUCAUCGCCUUCAAGACGCCCAGCCUAGAGAGCUGCCAGGCCAGGCUGUCGGCGCUGGCGCUGGCGCAGGCCGCCGCCAGGGAGUCCCGCCCGGUCCGGGAGGCCGCCGCCGAGGAGGGCAGGGUGUCCGCCGACCCUGCGGCCGACUCCGAGUCCGAGGGCAAGCACACCUCGCCGCCGACCCCAAUCGGCAUGAACUACCCCGUGGGGAAGCCCCUAGAGAUCUACCUGGACGGGCCGUACGGAGCGCCGUCGUCGCACAUCUUCCGCGCGCAGCACGCCGUCCUCAUCGCCACCGGCAUCGGCGUCACGCCCUUCGCCUCCAUCCUGCAGUCCAUCAUGCACCGGUACUGGAAGGCCAGGCACACCUGCCCGCAGUGCACCUACUCCUGGGCCUCGGACAUUCCGGCCACCGUCAUGAACCUGCGCAAGGUGGACUUCUUCUGGAUCAACCGCGACCAACGGUCGUUCGAGUGGUUUGUGAAUCUGCUGUCGCAGCUGGAGAUCGAGCAGGCCGAGCUGGGCGGCGCCAUGGAGCGCUUCCUCGAGAUGCACAUGUACAUCACGUCCGCGCUGCAGAAGACGGACAUGAAGGCCGUCGGGCUGCAGCUCGCCCUGGACCUGCUGCACGAGAAGGUGAGCGACUUUCUGACUUUUUAA